AUGGAGGACAUGGACCCGCCCGACCCGUCUGUCCAAGUGGUACGAAGUUUGCUCGCUUGCGCGGGCUGCUUUGUGCCAAGCAGCGCUUUUGCCACCAGCACCGCUGACUGGCAGCCCGAGCCCCAGCCUGCGGGCCAGGGCUCGGCUGGCGCGACUGCGCCACCCGGUCCACGCUCCGGCGCCACUGCGCCGGCCACGGCAGAUCUGCCGCUGCGCCGCGCGCCCGAGGCGCGCGGCGGAGCAUGCACCCUCGCAACCCACCUGGCUGCUUGGCAGCUCUCGGCUGCGAGCGGCGUGGCCACCGCCUCUGCUGCUCUCAAGCUCGCCUCUUGCAGGCCUCCAGGCAGGCCUCCCGGGGCGGCUCUCCCUGGCGCCCCUGCCACGACCGCCAACCCAGAGGAUCUGUCACUACGACUGGAGCGCUGGCGAGCAUGGACGUUCAUCUACGGAUUUGCUGGUUAA